CAGCUAAGGCAGUAAGAGCAAAACUUGUUGAAGUUCUACAUCAUCGAAACUGCUCCGCCUCUAGUGUGAACAAAAUCUCAAAAUGAAAGAUCGUGUUUUGAUAGUUAUCACAGUGGUAGUACUCAGGUAAAUGGAAAACUAUUUGUGUGCAGCAGCUGUAUUUUGAAAAGCAGUCUUUUGGAUUUUAUUUGUUGGUUUUACUGCGGCUUAAUAUGUCGAACUCUUGAAGCAUUUGUAGCACGAAACUUCAGCUUGAAGAACGUCAUUUCAAGCAGGAUUCUAUCUUACCUGGCAGCUUACGCCAUUACAAAAAACUCUCCACAAUAUUUGCUUGAAGUAUGGAACAAACUAGAUGUGUGUUUCCGAGUGAAGACUAAUUGAUUCUACACAAAGGAGACCUACUAACAAACGUUCAUUUUUACUUCUGUGAAUUUUGUACUAAUUGGAAGUGAGUACCUGGGAUUUGGACAGCUAUGGCAACACUGUAUUCCAGGAAUAAGGACCUUUCAAGGAGCAGGAAAAUGCAACCAGAGACACCCCCUUGCUCACCUUCACCCACCAGCAAGACUUUCCGCCAUGAUCGACUUUCUAGGUUGGAUUCAGGAUCGUCAAGUGAGAGUUAUGGUGACCGGUUGUUGAGUCGAACCAGUUCUUACACACGUAGGGAGAACCGCCUGGCAUCUCUUAGUAAACUAGAUCAAGACGAUGGCACAAAGAAUUAUAAAAAGUUAUAUGAAGAGGCUUUGGCUGAAAAUGAGAAACUUAAAGCCAAACUGCAAGAGGCACAGCUUGAAUUCACUGAAGUAAAAACGCAGCUGGAGAAAGCCACACAGAAGCAAGAACGAAUUUCUGAUAAGUCCUCUAUGCUGGAGAUGGAAAAAAGGGAAAAAAGAGCUUUGGAAAGGAAAGUUUCUGAAAUGGAGGAAGAGCUGAAGGUUUUAACGGAGCUGAAAUCAGAUAACCAAAGGCUGAAAGAUGAGAACGGAGCUCUCAUCAGAGUAAUAAGCAAAUUAUCAAAAUGAAGAAGAAUCUGUUUGGGCAAAGAGCAGGAACAGAAAUCAACUGAGAACGAACCUGCUUUGCUCUGUAAUAGAAGCAUCACCACACAAAAGCGGUUUCUUCAGCAAAGGGGAAAGAGCUUGCACUUGCACCCUGUCUGUUCAUGGCUUUCUCCCUAUAUUAUUUUCUUUAAAGUUACAUCAGGUUGCAACUGCAAGGCUUUAAGUGAUUCAUUAAAAUGACCUUGUUUACAAGAAAUGUUGGGGCAAAAGAACGGAACUAAAAAAAAACACGCGCAAGUACAUGUUUAUUGAGGGAAAGCUUGCAGCUUUAUCACAAUCAAGCCACAUUCUGUAGUGUUUCAGAUAUGGCUUUAAGAAAUGCCUUUCACUACCACAGCUGCUCCAAGUGCUGUUAAUUGUGCACCUCUAUUUGCCUGCUGCACAUUGGGAAGGAUGCUCCUGCUGCACAGUAUUCACUCAGAGACAGCUCUGCACAGUAAUUAAAACCACUGCAGAAACUGGCUCUUGUAUUAAGAUAAAUUCCAUCAGCUAGACUGUAUGGUACAGAAAGUAUUAAUUGUACGUGCAAUAUGCUCUUAUUUUUAACGUGAUGCUCGUAUCAAGUUCAGCUGCCUUCCUUUCACUUUAUUUCCGUUACCUUCAUUUUAAGCAGUGUAUUUUAAUUCUUCCCUCAUUUAUUUUCUCUCUAAGUUUUGAAUUGGUUUGUUGUGAGUGCUUUGAAAUGGUCAAAUUGCUUUUGGUCGUGUCUUUGUGACUGUGUGAAGUUAAGUAUUUGUACUAAUGAGGGUCACAGCUCUGUGGUCGUGUUUUCCCAGGAACGGUUGUUUAAAGUUGAACCUGAUUCAGAUUAAGUGUUUAAAAGGGCUGUUUUAAAAGAUGAAUUUUAAUGUAAGGUUGUUGGUUUGCAUUUUUCUCUCAAGACACUCCACUUUUUUUUGCUUUACUUCUAUUUCACAAGAGGCUAACUUUAGGUCAUACAUUGUUAACUUUAUUAUUCUUUUGACUAUACACUGAUAAGGGAUGUAGCAAGUAAAUGUAGGCUCAGACAUCUACUGUAUUUACUCUUGAAAUUUUCACUGAUGCAUGAAUCAUAUACUGUAUUUUCAUGUAAUGCUACAGGAACUUAAAACAAAAUGGUACUUUUCUGUAGAUAACAGCUCCUUAUAAAUACAAUAGUGUUCAGGGAAGGAAACCAUCCAAAGACUUAAGAUAUAGUUAUUGAAAACUUGAUGGAAUACAGAUGUGAACAUAUUUGUACAGUGCAUUCCACCGCUAAAAUGUCUGGUACAGGCAAAGGCAAUAAGGUACUGUAAUUCAAGUAGCAUGUAUAGACCAGUGGUACAUACAUUCAAGGUUAUCAAGUUUAGCCUGUUUCUAAAUGGUCAGACCUACAUGUGGCUUAAAAUGCUUGGCCUGAUUCUUAUUUAAAGAUUAUUGUGUAACAUGGGUCUUGCAGUAGUCGCUGCUUCUGAACAGAAUACAUAUGAUCAAAAGUAAUAGUGGUCUUUUAUGCAGUUAAAACGGCUAUGUACAUAUGAAGUCAUAGGAGGGUUAAAACUAAAUGAUCAGAUUGCUGGGAAUGUACUUUAUGCAACUGUUGGUGGCCUUUUAAAAAUGUAAUGAAUUAUGCUAUUAGAUAUCUUUUAGUGUUCUCAUUUGAACAUAUCUAUCAUGUUUUGAGAAAAUGUACACAAUAUUUAAUGCUUGUAAACACAUCUGUAUUUUAUGGUUAAGUAGACCACUGAGAUCAACGUUUGAAAUGACAUUGUACAGCCAUUGUUUGUAAAUUGAAAACGACUAAACACAUCACCUUUCCAAAUGCUUAUAUUAAAUGUGAGUCUCUAUUGCUCUGAUAAUACAGUGAGUGUGUUAUGUUCUUAUGGCGCUAUCUGUUCUAAGGUUGGGAGUACUGUAUUUUACAUGAAAUUUUGUUUUGUGAAAGGGUUUUGUGCAGAUACAAGGUAAAAUUGUGUACUUAUGACUCUUUAGAAACGCCAUUCGAUUUACAUUUGGCUAAGAUAAAAUAAACUUCGGACUUAAUACAA